CCAGGAUAGAGCUUGGGCCAGGUUUGCAUGGGCCCCCUGCCGCCCUGCCCCUGGAUGGGAGCGGGCCAGGAACUUGGUUGUUCCGGCCAAAAGUGUCCAGCUCAGCGCUUUGGCAAUUGGCUGAGGUGUUGGCUCUGAGUGGCAGGGUCCGGCGCGCGCGAUUGAGACUUGUCCUGAAGCCGAGCCGAAGCGUUGCGAUACCAGCAGCAGCAUCUCGACGACACUUCUUUUCGAAACACACAGCCGGCUCACCAUGCAGCUGCCAUUACUUUCGUGCGGUCUCUUGGGCCUGCUGGCCAGCCAGGUCGCCGCCACAGCCCUGACCUACAAGGUUCAUGCGAACGAGAGGGCGUGCUUCUACACAGCAACACAGAACAAGGACGAGAAGAUUGCCUUUUACUUUGCCGUGCAAUCCGGUGGUUCCUUCGAUAUCGAUUAUGAAGUGACGGGUCCCAAUGGGAAAUACAUUAUGGAUGGCCAGAAGGAGAGGCAGGGAGACUUUGUCUUCACCGCCAGGGAGGUUGGCGAAUACUCGUUCUGUUUCAAUAACGAGAUGAGCACAUACACCGAGAAGUUUGUCGACUUUGAGAUUGCUGUCGAGAACGAAGCGCGCGUUACCAUUCCCUCGAAGCAGGGCUCGUCACCGGAACAAACAUCAGCCCUCGAGGAGUCCCUGUUCAAGCUCUCGGGCCAGCUGUCCACCAUCACCCGCAACCAGAAAUACUUCCGCACCCGUGAGAACCGCAACUUCAGCACCGUCCGCAGCACAGAACAAAGAAUCGUCAACUUCAGCAUCGUCCAGAUUCUGAUGAUUAUGGCCAUGGGAGCUCUGCAGGUGUUUAUUGUCCGCUUCUUCUUCCAGGGUGCGCGGAAGGGCUACGUAUGA